CCUUGCGCCCGCUCGCUUGUUUCUUGACCACGAAGAACUUGAUUCGCGGAGAUGGUGAAGCAGACGAUCCAGAUUUAUGCCCGGGUGAAACCUUUGGGCAAGAGGCAGACCCUCGGGAUAUAUUCAGUUGAUGAAAAUGAGACAUCAGGAUUUGGUCUGGAAAUUAUUGUACCACGUGAUUUGUCGGAUGGAUUUGUCAAUAACAAACGAGAAAGCUAUAAGUUUAAAUUUCAGAAAGUAUUUGAUCAGGAAUCAAAACAAGAUGAUAUUUUUGAAACUAUUGCCAAGCCAGUUGCAGAAUGUGCUCUGUCUGGUUAUAAUGGAACUAUAUUUGCCUAUGGACAAACUGGCAGUGGCAACUUUACAAUCACUGGGGGAGCAGAACGUUACAGUGAUCGGGGGAUAAUUCCACGGACCCUGUCUUACAUAUUUCAGAGGUUGCAAAAGGAUAUCAGUAAGGUUUAUAACCAUAUUUCUUACUUAGAAAUUUACAAUGAGUGUGGUUAUGAUCUGCUAGAUCCACGGCACGAAGCCUCCAACCUGGAAGGACUUACCAAAGUGACAAUAAUGGAGGAUCCUGAUCAGAACAUUCACACUGAAACAUCUCUCUUUGCAGCAAGCACCAAUGAAGAAGAAGCUCUGAAUCUGCUUUUCUUAGGUGACACAAACAGGAUGAUUGCAGAGACUCCAAUGAAUCAAGACUCCACACGUUCACAUUGCAUUUUCACCAUUCAUAUCUCAAGCAAAGAACCGGGAUCAGCAACCAUUCGGCGUUCCAAGCUACACUUAGUGGACCUGGCUGGUUCAGAGCGUGUUGGGAAGACUGGAGUGGGAGGCCAGCAACUGACAGAGGCCAAAUAUAUCAAUCUGUCUCUUCAUUAUUUGGAACAGGUAAUCAUUGCUCUGUCAGAAAAAAACAGAUCUCACAUCCCCUACAGAAACUCCAUGAUGACUUCAGUACUAAGAGACAGCCCUGGGAGGGAAUUGCAUGACAACAUGAGUGCAACGCUCUCGGUAGAAAAAAGGACAUAGAUGUAUGAAUCUAUAUCAACCUGUAGAUUUGCUCAGCGAGUUGCUGUUAUUAAGAAUGAAGCUGUUCUAAAUGAAGAAAUUGAUCCUGGAUUGAUGAUUAUGCGUCUGAAGAAGGAAAUCCAGGAAUUAAAAAAUGAAUUGGCCAUGGUGACUGGUGAACAAAGAUUUGAAGAACUCUCAAAAGAAGAGCUGCUAGAAUUAGAUGACCAGUUAAAGAAUUUGGAAGAUACUGAUCCUGAAAACAUUUUGGAAAUUGGGGCUGACAUGCGGAAGAUAAAAUACUGUUUCAGCCACUUAAAAAGACUGGUAAAUGAUGCAAAACUUCCUGGCAAUCAAUUACCAGAUGUUCAGGAAGAUAAAAGUGCUGGUACUGUAAUUGGCAAUGAAGAGUUAAAGAAACUAAAGGAUCUUUUGCAGCAACGAGAUAAUGAAAUCAAUAUUUUAGUAAAUAUGGUUAAAGAAAGAAAAAAAGGAAAAACACAAGAUGCCCGUCUCAGUGCUUCAUCCAAGGAAAUCUCAGCUACAGAAAGUUCCUAUGAUUUGAAAAACAUGGAGACUGAGCAGAUGUUGCCUGUCAUUUUGGAAACAAAAUCUAAUUCUCACUCAAAAAAGGCCAAGGUCAUGGGAAAAGAAAUGUCACUUGGACGCCAAGAAGCCUUUGAAAUUUUCAAAAGAGAUUAUGUAGAUAGCAUAACUAUUGAAGACAAUAAACAACUCCUUAAACAAAGGUUUGCUGAAGCCAAAUCUUUGGGACAAAAAGUAAAUGAUGUAAGAAAUCAAAUCAAUCAUCUGAAAGAGGAGAUAAUCCAGAGGCACAUGCAAAAGGCAGCACAAGCUCUAAUCAGUCCUCGAGAAAUGAAUCAACCUGAUCCAGUAGAAGAGGGACUUCGAUCACAAAUUGAACAGAAAAAAAUAAGUUAUAAAACAAUGUUUACUCACUUGAAAGGGCUGAAGAUAGAGAUUGAACACUUGCAGCUCCUCAUGGAAAAAGCAAAAGUGAAGUUGCAAAAAGAUUUUGAAGCUUGGUGGUCUGAGGAAACAAAAAGCUUGCAGAGCCAAGAAGAAACUCCACUUUUGCAGAAUUCAACCAGUGUUCUAAAGACUCUUCCCUUGUUUUUUGAAAAUCAGCUAUAUCCAGGUACUCUCAGGGUUCCAAAUAACAGUAGAGCCAGCUCCAAUGAACAGUCAACUGUGCAGAGCAGUGUGAGCAGACUCAGCAACUCAAAUUCACAAAUGAGGAUUUCACAAGAUCCAAGCUCUACCAUCCCUUUCACAGGAGAUCGUCAAACUGAUGCUGAUAUUAUAGCUUUCAUUAGAGCUAGAAAGAACCUCUUACAUAAAAAAGGUAAUUCUUAUUCAAAUUGUUAGUUGACCAAUGAUAUGUACAAUAAGCUUUAAAAAUUCAGUGUUAUCAAGAUUUAUAAAAAUUAGAGAAUUACAUUGAAAUUAUUACAUAUUAUCAUUUAUAGUGUUUUCCCCCUCUUUUCUCUCUCAACAUAUUUGUUUUGGCUUUUAGAUGGUAUAGUCUUUCGAAAACAACGUAUCCUUUUAUAAUUUAUAAAUAAUGUGAUAUAAUUAAAAAAGCAAAUUUCCUCUGCCAUUGUAUUAUGUUAUACCUUAGAUUUUACUUGUGGUGAACCUGAAAGGAGCUGAAAGAAAACCAAAUAAGGUCUUUCACAAAGUGUCUUUCACAGGUGGGGUAAAUUGAAAGGGGCUAAGUAGGGGUCUCAAACUGGCGGCCUGCAGGCUGGAUGCAUCAUGCGCAGGCCACACCCACCUAGCUCCACAAAGGAAAAAUGUGAUAUGUCACAUGAUGCAAUUAAGUUUGAUACCCAUCAGCUAAAAGGUUUGUAAGAAAUAUGUUGUAGUGGAAUCGAAAAGCAGGAAAACAGUGAGUGGGAAAUCAAGAUGAAAUUAGAUAGAUUUGAAGUAUUGAAGGCAUACAGUUACCAGAGUGAUUCAAGGUCACUUCAGAUGAGUUGGUGUAGAAAUCAUUUUACAGAGAAAAAAACAUAGUGUGGAAUUUGUCUAACCAAUAACUAGUAGAAGAGAAUGACCCAAUGUGGUCUACUAAAUUCAGAAUUUACUUCCUCAGAGGAAGUUUUUUUAUUGUCUCUUUUGAAUGAUGUGUAAAUGUGGUUUAUAUCUAUGUUGAUGGCUGAUUUGUCUGAAUGCGAAGCUUCCAGGAAUUCCCUGGGAUUUGGGGAUUUAGUUUGGUCUACUCUAGAAUGCUUAAAGGUUUCCAACUGAAACUAUGGUUGAGUCUGCCCAUGUAUUGUGAAAACUGGGGGAGUUUGCAUCAUGUCUUCUGAUUAGUUGGAAGUUGACUAGUUGGCUGAAAUGUAUGAAAAGCUGCUUUCAUAUUGUGAAAAUAAUUUAAAAUAUUCUUGAAACCAGAGAGCAAAGGAAUAUUUUAAUAUCUUGCAUCCCUGACAAUGCCUCUAUAGACAUUAAUAUAUUGUAGAAUAUUGAAUUAAUAAGCAAACAAUAAUAUUCUAUUUAGCCAAUUUGAUAGAAUCUGAGAAUGCUAAUAUGGAGAAUGACAAGUAAAUAUUGGGAAUUAUUUUUGUGGGUAGAAGCUCUAUCAGAGAAGCUAUCUUUUCAAAUAUCAAUGAAAAGUAGAAAAUUGGGUGUUCCAUCAGGAUGUUCUGCUACACUGUAUGUCAAGCUCAAGGCCCGGGGGGUGGAAACAGUGAAGGAUUGGCCUGCAGUACCUCUGCCAAUGAAAACGGAGCUAGGGAGGGCUGCAUGCGGCUGUCUCGAGCUUCAUUUUUUCUGACAUAGGGUUGCAGAAGGCCAUUGCAGCCGAAACGGAGCUCGGGAGCCCAUUUUUGCUGGCAGAGAACUUCGGCCACCAAAGGGAUGAAUGACAUUGAGCUGGCCACAACCACCCUGGCUAUGACCACCCAGGACCCCCAAGGUCAGAGGGCCACAACUCCCCCUGACACCCCUGCCUUAGACCAUAAAACAAAAUCAUUUUGUUUUAAGAAAUAAGAAAUUAACAUUCAUAUUCAUAUUGUGAACCAUUGAUACUUCUCAAAUCUAGUGACUCAAAAGUAGGCUGGGAUAAUAUCCUAAAAGAUGGAGAAAAUGAUAAGUAAAAAUCAUAGAAAGUUAACAUAUUCAAAUUAACCAAA